AUGCAAAAGGAGAUCGCUGGAAAGGGAAGCUGGAACCCUGCUCCCAACACAGGCACGAUGAUGGAAAAGCGAGCUUUCGACAUUCAUGUGGGUAGCGGAGGCGAGGCUCGACCUGGGACGUGCCACCGAGCUUGAAUUGCUGACAUUUAAGAGCGGGUCCACGCAACAAGGGCAACUGGCUCCCUGUGGAGAUCAAUUGGAAUGACAGAGUCUCCCACAGCACUCAUCAGAAUGCCAUUACCGCUGCAGUCAAUUCCUGGGCGCGGCACAACGAGCCCACCAUGCAGGCAUUUACCGUGGGUAGAGUAUUUGUUCUGCCUUUCCAAUCAGUAGGCCUAAAAUUCUUGACCUGUCUUGCAGCUUACUCAUGGAUUUCGCCCUGGCGAGGGCAAGCACCUAACGACAGAGGCAGACCCAGGAACGCCAAUGUUUGCAAUGGGCUUCGCUUAUGACCAUCAAGGCUACCCCCUCAAGACGCCCUUCAAGACUGCGCCUGGUCAUGGCCUACAGAAUUAUGUGGUCUACCCUCAAGCUGGCAGAAGGUGGACAUAUCAGCGCCACAAUCUCAGAGUCGAUCUGACUCCCGACGGAAGACUACCCGAAGGUCACUUUCCCUCCCAAGACCGUGGGAGGGCACGCAACAGGCCUACGAAAUUGUUCGUAUCUCGCUACUGCCCACUCUCCGCGCCUCUGCUGACUCUUUCCAAGUCCAAUACACAGCUCGCUAAGGGGCCGGAGAAGAUCUCAGAACAGCCCCACGGUCACCCGCACGAACCACGCUGAAGGGUCUGCUGCCCAGGCACAGCAAUCUCCCUCAAACCUGCCUGACCGUUCAUCGACUCGGUUCAGACUUUUUGGUAAAGAAAUUUCAUCUAGCGAGCAGGCUGGGCCCUCUGCACGACCGCAAGUUGCGUCGCAAUUCAAUGAAGAGGUCAAAGCAAAUCGAACUCCCAAAAGCAUUCGACUCUUUGGCGCUGAAGUCCCGAUUGGCAGUCACGGUGGGCCAGUCGGCCCGCAAAAGAAGGUCCGCGCAGCGGAGAAUGAUGACAAGGCCCCAGCGCCGAAGCGCAUCCGGCUUUUCGGGACAGACCUGCCCGCUCAUGAAGGCGGUCGCUCUCCCGCCCAGCCUCCAAAUCGCCGCUCUCUUCCUGCCGAUCAGAGCAUUAUGCGAAGAGGCGGAGCUGAGCUUGAGAAGAUCGGUAGAAGCAUCAAGACAGAAGUCUUGCUGACUCGCACCUUACCCAAAGAGCUCGCUUCGGCAAGCGAACAGGCAGUCAAAAAUGUGGGUAAUGACCCGCGAUGGGAGGUGUCGCGGUUCGGCGUCCAUAAGACCAGCCCGCUGAGUUGCAACCACCCGCAGGAACCCGUCGAGGUGACGUUUCACCAAGCUGUCGAAGGCGAUUACCAAAGGAACGCAAUCAGGCACGCCGUUCAGCAGUUCAAAGAGAACCAUGCACCAGAGCUGCACAGAAUCAAGGUGCGUCAGACUCGGUAGCGACGCGCCUAGUGAGAAGAUUCUGAGGUCCGUUGCCUGGCAUGUCUGCCUCGCGUCAGAUCUCUAGAGGUUUUCAGCGUGCUCCCUGGCUGGCGAAGUCGCGCUACAAGGAUGGACACGUGUUUGCACAAGGCCGAGCGCACAACGCAGAAGGGAAAGCCUUGCCUGGCCACAAUCUCAUACCGGGCGAGGGUAGGCUCGAGUACCCGAUUUACUUGGCUCCCGGACAACGCUAUACCCAAAAGGCGCGCGGUAGGCAAGACAGAGAGCUUGUGGGAACAGGCAAAGCUUGGCCAGAGCACCCACCUGUGCCGUCCCAUGAGCGGCGUCCCGUCCCUGACCCUCGUGGUGGAUGGAACAGAGGCUGGACGCAGCUCAGCAAUGUUCAAUCGGAUGGCACGUCUCGGCGAGGCUGGAAUACUGGAGACGGAAAAAUCAAAUGGUUUCAAGGAGGACGCAAGAAGAGGUUGGCUUCGUUGACUCAAUGGGAGGUGACACGCUCUUCGCAAAGGUUGCGCGUGCUUGGAGACUCUUCAUCCCAAAGCGAUCCGUCUGUGACGAGCGCUUCAAACAGAAAGCGACCACUGGGUUUGGAUUUGAACAAGACUCCUCCUCCUUCGCCUGACCACCGACGGCGCUCUGUCCGAAUCGAGAAGCGCGGCUUUGAUGCAGCGGUGAGUAUCCAGGUUCAUAAAUCUUCCAUCCGCUACACGCUGACAAGAAGAAGCUCCAUCGCGUAGGGCAAUUGGAAGGACGUCGAAAUUUAUUACAACAAGGUCACCGAUCCUGGGCACCAAGAAGUCCUGAAAGAGGCGAUCAACGCGUGGGCCAAGGAGAAAGAGCCAACGAUGAGUCGGAUCAAGCUCAAGCACGGCCUCAAGGAUGUCCAUAAUCGCAGUCUUGGCUCCUUGUCAGAGGCCACCAUCCGGCACGUGUACGCCGCUGGCAUUGCUUGGGACGACAAGGCUCAACGCCUGCCAGGGCACUAUCGCGUGCCUAGCGACAGCACCGGGACCGUCUUCUUCCCCAAGACGCAUUAUCCGAUCUACCUGCAGAAGGGACAGAAUUACGACUAUCACAUUGUUGGAAAACAUCACAUGAAAGUGACGGGAGAUGGAACAGUGCCACCAGAUCACAUACCAGUUUCUGCAGAAGAGCGUGCGCCUAUCUCAUGGACUCCUGGUAAUCACGACAGGCCCUGGCUAAAGUCUUUAACCAAGUCUACGCCCUCUGGCAGUAAGGCCAGGCAAGAGAGAGAAGAUCCUCCGACCAAGGCGGCGUUUAAAGCACGGAGAAAGUUCUGGGAGAACUCUGGUGUUGCAUCUGAGAGUCAUGGCGGCGCUGCUUUCAAGCCAAAGCUAAGAAAGAGACCUUUAAAGGAGCCCCAGAUGAUGGAGGCAGACGCGCACUACGUUCCGCCCGCAGUUGUGGACACUUCUGGUGGCGUUGCGGAACGCCUCAUAGCAGAGUCACACCGCGCGCAGACGAGUGAAAUGCCGUCAUCUUCAGCGACAUUGCAUAGGUCGCCGUCUUCGCCUACAUCGAUCGAGAGGCCGUUGACCGCUUCGUCUGUGGAGCUGUCAGUUGAGAAAACAGGUACAUCUGUGUCGAGUCGAAAGCCGUCCGCCGCCUCGUCGGGACAGCAGACACCCGGGUCUGAGUUCAGGAACAGAACGCCCCGAUCCACGUCGCCGACUUCGUUCCCAAGCCCUGCCACGAUUCCCGCGAGUGCAGCUACUCCCGAGAUCGUCGACCAUCUGCGAAGCGUUCCCAAGCGGCCACGUACGCCUCGUUACCUCGUGGCUGAGGAGCCUGCCGAGCAAGGCCAUGUGCAACGCAGUGGCAGCUCAAGUGUUGAUGGGCCCUUGCGUGCCACUCCAGUCAGUCCGACGCCUUCACAACAUGGACCCGACCAUCAGUCGCACGGUGGCACACACCUGCGUCGGCGAGCACUUCCUCAUGCUCAUCCUGUCGAUGAUGUAAGCCUUGCGACUGGCGGGCCCUUUGCAUUCAAUUGACUCUUGCUCUGGCCUCCAGGAUAUCGCCGUACUAUUUCAAGACAAGGUCAAAGGUAAGGAACACCAGCUCGCGCUCGCAGAGAGCGUACGACAAGCAGCUCUUUUCAAUCCGGCUAUUAAACAAAUUACGGUCGGUGCAGCUGAGAUUAAGCAUCAUGCCUCUACCCUGUCACGUAUUGCUGAGUGCCGUUGUCCACCGUAUCGCGUCCAGAUCAAAGGAGGCUUUACUACGCCUCGAGCGGAAAAUGAGAGGGGCCGCCUCUUCGCCUUGGGUGUGGCAUUCGACAAAUUUGGUCAAAAGCUAAAAGGACCACGUCAAGUUCCGGGUGCAGAUCCGAAACUGUACCCGAUCUACCUCGGCAAGGAUGUACCACAUGUCUACACGCCAGAUGUGAAUCGUUGGGUGCGCCAGCCUUUCGUCGGCACGGGAAUGUACCCAACAGAACAUGUGCGAUCCGGAUCCGCUCCUGGAGAUGUUUGGAACAGGCAUAAAUUUGACGGCCCACGAUCUGCACUGAUCUUGGCUGAGAAGGGUAUUCCUAUCAAGGGUAGACACAUGAAGAUUUCCCGCAACGUUCCAUACGGCGUCGUGCACGACAGUCAUCCUCCGACUCCUACCAAAGACGCGCUAUGGCUCCAGGUGAGCUCUGCAGGAUGAAAUGUGGCUACAUCUCGUCAUCACUGCACGUUUGUCGCUGAAUGAAAGCCUUCCUCCCGGCAAAACUAGCACCACAAGCACACUGUUUCGGAGCCUGCCAGCAAUCCUGCUAGCCAACCGAGUGCGCGGGAAGGCGCGCAAUCUGCCAGUGGUGGCAAGAAUCGUGACUUAAGCACUGCUGGCGAUAGAGCGCGCUCGAGUCAGUCGAAGGAGGGCGCUCAUGUAGACGGCGCUCGCUCCGAUGCUUCCAUUGAGGAAUCUGCUGCGACCGCUAACCAUCGCGCGAGUAGUACGAUUGAGCGCUCCGGUCCAGCUAGCGCCGGCGACAGCGCUGCCUCAGCUCACGCUCAUGAGCGCUCCGGUCCGGCUAGUGCAGGAGAGAGCGCUCGAUCGAUCAACGUUGACGAGCAACAUACUGCAGGCGACGCCGCCCCGUCGCCGCAUCACACGCGUCAAGGCCCAAAUCUCUUGCCAGACGACACGAGAGUGCCUAAGCGAGCCCGCACGGGGAAGUACAAGUUCAUUGACCUCAACAAAUCCCCCGAGACUGCAGAUGACACUUCGGCCUGA